GACCUCCCGACCCUAUUGGAGCUUAUUACGCAUCUUGUAGUUGCCAUUGAAUUGAAGUUGACUAACCCCAGUCUAGUUUGCCCAAGAUGAGCUUCAUCGUUCGCCGAGGUCUCUCGACCUUGAUCCCUCCCAAGAUCGCCUCCCCCAACGCCAUCGGUGCUGCUAAGGAUGCUGCUCGUAUGGACCGUGUGGUGAACUUCUACGCCAGACUCCCCCGUGGCGCCGCCCCUGAGAUCAAGGCCACUGGUCUCAUCGGCCGCUACCAGGCGCGUUACUGGGGCAAGAACCCUUCUGCCGCUCCCCUGGCCCACGCCAUCGGUGCCAUCCUGAUCCUGGGUUACAGCAUGGAGUACUACUUCCACCUGCGCCACCACAAGAACCACCCCCACUAAGGGUUUGAAUCAUUGAUUGGGCGCGGGGGAUUUGUGUAUAUACCGCAGAGCCUAGAAUGAUGCGAAUGUAGAACAGUUCAAUCGAACAUUCACAUUAUCUUUUCUUUAUUUUCCCCUAUUGUUUCCAAUAGUCUAUCCAUAUACUAUCAUCGUCUUACAUUUGAUCGUACGGGUGUUCUGUUAAAUCAUGUCCGUGUGUAUUGGUUUGCCGGGUGCCG